UACCGCGUCCACGUUAGUGUUCCGACAACAACAAUAUACGGGCCUUAUUAUUUUCCUAAUUUUAGCUUAUUUAUUGAUACCUAUGGGUGUAUUAAACACCCCGGAUUGCCGUAAAAGAGCUGAAUUGUUGAAUUAUGUGAUUGAUGAUGACGACCAAGACUCUUCAUUUGAAAUAUCUCAUGCACUUGACUUGAAUGAAAGAAAUAAUCAGCGAAGACGUAGACGGAACAACAGUUUGCAAAAAUCAUCAAAAGCAGCAAGACCACAGUCUCAUAUAAAAAAUACCGGGCGAAAAGCAAAGGGAUGCUGUAAUUCACGGAAAUUUGAGAAUGCUAACUUUCUUGCACAAAUGAUUGAAUGUGAAGAUUUUGGUGACCUGAAUAUAGCAGACUUCAUGGUUCAAUCGGCAUCAGCAUUUGAGAAGGUUUUUCAGAAUGAAUCACAAUUGAAGAGAUGGAAUGCAUUUAUGAAUCUCAAAGGUGAAGAUCAAGAUCAAUAUCUUCAUGAGUUAUCCCAGGGAAAUGAUUAUAAAAUAACAGUUUCACAACAAACUUCCAGCAUUCAAGCAGAUUUUGGAAUUGCUUCGAAAUGUUUUCAAAAUGUUGAACACAAGAUCAAAUCCACUUUGAAGGGCAGAAACAUUUCCAUGUCCGGCCUCAAGUAUUUUGAACAAGAGUUGCUAUAUUUCUUCAAUCAGACACAGGAAACUGUUCUUAUUUCCUUAAUACCUUCAAGUAUGGAUCGACUCAUUAUUCAUGGAAUUUGUCAAUACCUAAACCUUUCUUCUCAAAGUGAGCCAAAAAAUGUGAUUCAAGUUGAAAAUCAGAAAAGUGAGUUUUUCCCUCCCAAUAUAUUGUUAUCGCAGUAUUUAGAACGCACAAGAUAACGUCCGCCAUCUUCAACGUUGAAUAAUGACAAACCUGAUAUUUUAGGGAUUUUAUCUAUUUCAACUAUUGUAAAUUUUUUGAAAUAGCGUCAGUUUUCCGAUGCCCUUUACGUAAGAUAUAGCAAUACUGAAUUUAUAAAUUGUGGAAAUUAACCACCAAAAA